AUGAGCGUCGGUGUGCCCGUGACGAAAUCCUUCAACAAACUGAAAAAGUAUCCGUACGAGAUAAACAAGUUUGAUAGGAGAGAGACGAGCGAAUAUUUUUACCUGCCGGUCGACUGUCCACGUAUGAAAAAAUGUGAUGAUGCAUACUGUCCUUUGGCACACACGAAAUUAGAAAAGAUUUUCCACCCCAUAGUAUACAAAACACAAGCAUGUCAGAUGGCGAAAGAUGGAGCUUGUGAUUAUUUUCAGAAAUGUGCAUUUUAUCAUGACUCGAAUGACAAAAAUGAGGCGCACUUGAAUUGGACCAUUUGGGAAAAAAAGUGGAACAAGUGGAGAAAUAACAUCGAUAGCAUUCUGACGCAGCAUAAUAAGAAUGAUAAAGAAAUCAGGAGGAAAGUGGAGAGCAUUCUGAAGAUCCGCAUGCCACACUUUAACUACAGCUCAAAUAAGAGUGGCCUAUUUUUGAACAAGAAUGCAUCGUUUUACUCAACGUGGUCGAACAGCGGUCAGGGUGGUGGUCAGGGUAGCGGUCUGGGUGGCAGUCUGGGUGGCAGUCUGGGUAGCGGUCAGGGUAGCGGUCUGGGUGGCAGUCUGAGCAGUAGCAACAAAAUGAGUAGUCUGAGCACCGGCCUGGGCAGCGGCUUGAAUAACCUUCUGUGCAGUUCCAUCAGCGCAUCCAUCACACACUGCCCCACGACCAUCUUUAACAGUCCAUGGAAUUCCAAAACCAUGAAUAGUGCAAAGAAAAGUGUAAAAAACAGCAAUGAUAAUAAAAGUGGAAACAACAAUAAUGGUAGUUCUAUGUGGAUAAAUGAACUGAGCGAUUUAGGAACCCUAAAUUAUGACAAAACGACAAAUAUGAACACAUCUUUGAUGAACAAAAAUAACAUGUAUUAUGAUGAAACUUUGAGUUAUAAUAGCAAUACGACGGAAUGUGGACUGAAUUUUGAUAUGUUGGAUAAUAAUGCAUACAAGGUUGUUGAGUUUUGUUUCACCGAUUACGAGAAUAAUAGGACGAAGGGUGGUUGGAGGGAUAACUCCGAUGUGGCGCAGGAGGGAGAGAGCAAGGGGCAGUCCAACGUUGGCACGGGAAGUGGAACAGUCGGAGAUGUGGUCGACGUAGUCGAUGGUACUGUUAGUGGUGGUAUCGCUGGAGAAGGUAGUUGUGUAGCCCAGGAUAGUAACCCAUUCCAGGAGCUGAACUACAAGGCGUGCGAAUAUUUUCCAAGCGUAGCAGAAAUGGGAAAUGGAGAAGACGUAUCAAAUCAGCAAGACGGAAUGAACGCAAAUUUGUGCAAAAAGACUCAUACAAAUGUAGAGAAUUUUAAGGAUGAGCUGAUAACAGAAAUGAAUAGCAGCCCAGACGGAAACUUCGACUUAAUAGGUUCGAAAUAUUUUUCCAACAACUCAAAUAAUACUUCCAUUUUCGAGAAUUAUGCAAAUCUGUCGAUGAUAUUUGAUGCUAAUGACAAUAAUAAUAAGACAAGCAGCUUUGCUAACAUAUCCAAUUGCAAUACCUUUGACCAUCUCAGUUUUGAUGACACGGGUAGAAGUAGAGCUAAAAAUUGUUUUUACACAAAUGAGCAUGUGGAGGAGGGACAAGGGUCCAAGGUUGAUGUGGAACUUGCAGAUGUGGGAGGUGUUAUUCGAUUCGUUGACGCUGGGACGAGUGAAGUGCUCAGUGGUGUAGGGACCCCAGUUGUGGGAGUUGUAAAGGAGGCCAGUGAAACGAAUGGGGUGAAUAGCGAACGGGAAUUAAAAGCAGAAGACGGGGAAAAAAAUGGCAGUGUUACAUUAACAGGGAAUACAACAAAGGGUCAAAACAAAAUAUCAAAGAAGAAUAAAAAUAAAAAAGGGGGGGGUGCAAAUUUAGCAAACAAUAACGGAAGUAGCAACAGUAGUAAUGCACAGAAUGGAGGAAGCAAUACCAGGGCAAGUACCUUUAGCGAAGUGCUUUGCACGGGUAACACUGAACUGAAGAGCGAACUCAACGAGAAAAGGAAAAACACCAAAAAGGAGAAUCCGAUCAGCAAAAAUUGUAACAAUGAAAAGGACCAGGACGAUAAGAAAAAUGGAAGUAGCAAAUUUUUGAGUGCUGGGGAAAGGAACGAUGAAGAUUUUAGCAGCGUUGAACAGUCUUGUGUAGAGAGAGAAAAGGGGAAAAAUGCAAAGGGCAAGAAUGGCGAAGGUCAAGGCGCAAAGAAGGGUAGCAACACGCCCAGUACGAACAAAAGUGGAAAUAAGAAUGCGAAAAAGGGCACAACGGAAAGUGGCAGUAAUGGCGGCACGCCCAGGAACAGGAAGCAAAUCGAAAGCGACCACCGGGAGAGUGACCAUCGCGAAGGUACCGACGAGGAAAAGGGGCAGAGGGAGCAAAACAGCGUCAAGGAAGUCGAAAUCGGCAUCAAGGAAAUCGAAAUCGGCAGCCACGGAAACGACCAUGCCUUCAGAGAUAAAGCUAGCAAAAACGGAAACGCGAGCGAGAAGAGUAGGAGUAGUGCAGUAAACGGAAGAGACGUUAUCGUCAAAGGGAGCAGUAGCUGUAGUGGGGUGAAUCCCAUAAGUCAGGCGAAAGUUACCUGUGAGGAAGUGAGCGCUGUUGUAUGCACUAGUUCUAGAGGGGCCUUUGACUGGGCGAAUAGAAAUCAAGAUACGGAGAGUAAGAAGCAAAAUAAUGAGGGCACACCGUUUAGCAGUGUAGGUAGUGUGCAGAACAGGGGAAAGCCCAUUGACAUUCAUAAUGCUACUAAGUCGAAUCAUGGCGUUAUGAGAAAAUCCACAACGGAGUCCACCCUCAACAAUGAUAACCAUGUGGAGGAUAAGAAGCAGGUGGAGGAGAGCUGUUGUCAGACAAUCAAUUACGCCAGCUGCACAGAAAGUGGUGUGCCCGAGAAGGAAGCAAGCGAGUACGUCAUUUCGAACAAGCAACUCGUGCAACACAAGGAAAGUAUGUUUUAUAAUUACGCGAGGGGCAGCAUGGAUAGCAAGUUGGCCGGGUUCGAAACUUCCGGGGGGAGAGACGGGGUAGGCGCAGUAGGCGAAAUGGGCGGCAUCCUGUUUGGAAAGAAGAGCAACAACUCUGCGUUCAUUUUGAAGGAGGGGGAGGACCACUCGAGCAUGUCCUUGCAGGGGAGGAGCGGUGGAAUGGGUGAUGGCCUGGGCAGCAUUUUUAACCUCAGUCUGAACAUGGGGAACCCGUUCAACGAGGGUAGGGGUUCUCCAUUCAGCGAGGGUAGGAGUUCUCCAUUCAGCGAGGGAAGGGGUUCUCCAUUCAGCGAGGGAAGGGGAAACCCAUUUAGAGAAGAGAGAGGAAACCCGUUUAGCGAAAGCAACGCUUCUAACGACACGUACAGCCAUUUUUUUAUAAAAGAGGAAGCCUUCCACCCGCUGCAGAAUAGCCAAUUUGAGGAGGUCACUAAAUCGAAGGAGUAUAACUCAAAUGAGAAAGAAGCGAACGAACCAAUGGAUUACACAAACAACCUGCUAAAUAUAUUCCUCUCCUGUAAUAGUAUUAACGAAAAUUUCGAGUGCACAAAUGAAGCGGAUAAUAGGUUCACCGAUUUUAAAGAGGACACGAACCUGUUUGGUCACAAAGAAAAAGAAGUGACAAAUGGAAGCGAAUUUUUUAAUUCCUCCUCCACCAAUUUUAACCCAUUUGGGAAUUACAGUUUUUUGGGCCCUUCAUGUAUACAGUGUAAGCAUUACAAAAAUGAAAUAAAAAACUUAAUGGUUCAGAUAAAAAUUUUAAGAGAGGAGCUAUUCAAGUGCAAGCAAAUAAUAAUCUCGUCAGGGCUGAAUGGAGGUAAUGACAAUAAAGUGAAUCCAUGUAAUUACAAUUGGACGAACACGAAAAGUUUUGCGGAUAUUUAUGAGAAGAAGAACUUCGUGUCUUCCAUCGAGGCGAAUGAUUGA